GUUGAGCGGCAUCACCAGUCACCACCAUUCCCACCACUCAACUUCUCGCGCCCAGAGCCCCCAAAUUUUUCUCCACUCGACCGCAGCAGCAGCAAGCAGCCAUGGACGCCAGCGGAGCCGGUGGCAAGGCGAAGAAGGGGGCGGCCGGGCGCAAGGCUGGCGGCCCCAGGAAGAAGUCGGUGUCGCGGUCCGUCAAGGCCGGGCUGCAGUUCCCCGUCGGCCGCAUCGGUCGGUACCUCAAGAAGGGCCGGUACGCGCAGCGCGUGGGCACCGGCGCCCCCGUCUACCUCGCAGCCGUCCUGGAGUACCUCGCCGCCGAGGUGCUGGAGCUGGCCGGGAACGCGGCGAGGGACAACAAGAAGACGCGCAUCAUCCCGCGCCACGUGCUCCUGGCCAUCCGCAACGACGAGGAGCUCGGGAAGCUGCUGGCCGGCGUCACCAUCGCGCACGGCGGCGUCCUCCCCAACAUCAACCCGGUGCUCCUGCCCAAGAAGGUGGCCGAGAAGGCGGCCAGCGGCGGCAGCAAGGAGGCCAAGUCCCCAAAGAAGGCCGCCAAGUCCCCCAAGAAGGCUUAGAAAGUAGGGAGUUCAUUAGCGCUGUGUAACAUGUUCGUGUUUAGAUCUGUGGAUGGGAUGUGUUGUGGUCUAGUUUCCUCCCUGUGGCUUAUGGUAUGUUCAUUUUCAUUGAGAAGAUCUUCAGAAAUCAGAGCUCGUUGCAUAGUAAUGUUCACCCACGAA